AUGGAAACACAUCUGAUUUUGGGGGUUCUGCUGUCUAUCUGCAGCCUCUCCUUUAGUCAAGAAUGUGAUCAACAGCUUCUGGAGAAUAUGGAUUUCCCUGGAUCAGGCAUCAAAUUUGUCUUUUCUCCUGAUGUCAGCCACUGUCAGCAGCUUUGCACCCAGCACCCCGCCUGUCUCUUCUUCACCUUUGUUCGUGCGGACUGGACCGGGGACAACAGGCACUUCUACUGUUACCUCAAGACCACUCCCUCUGGACAGCCCAAUUUGAGGACUCCAUUAUUGGGUGCCACCUCUGGAUUUUCUCUCAAAAACUGCAACGCAGAUCCACAGCCUUGUCUGCCUCAGCUUUACCAUAACGUAGACUUCCCAGGGGCAGACUACCGCAGCUUGUUUACAGCCGACUAUGAGGAGUGUCAGAGAGCCUGCACACAGGACCAUGGCUGUCAGUUCUUUACUUUUGUCAAUGUGGGCUACACAUCAGAGAAUAUCAGGUACAAGUGCCACCUUAAAUUCAGCUGGGCGGUACCGAUAAUUCCUAUUGUUCAAAGAAAAAUGUAUGUAGUAUCUGGAUUUUCCGAACCAGCACACACAACUCAAGGAUCUAAACCAGCAUGUAAGGGAAAGCUUUUUCCGAGCACUGACAUCCAAGGAAAUGACCUUGUGACUGUUCGUGCUGCCUCUCCUGAACACUGCCAGACUCUGUGCUCUGCUCAUCCAGACUGCACCUUCUUCACUUUUGUCAGCAACAACUUCAAUUGUCAGCUGAAGGAAAACAAAAAGGAAAUGGUUUUCAAAGCCGGAGCAGGAUUCACAUCUGGAUUACCAGCACGGUUCUGUCAGCCGGAUAACAGCUGGAUUCAGGUCGCUCUUGAAGAAGUAGAUUUCCAGUACAGUGACAUUCGAUACGAGCUGAUGGACGAUGCACACACUUGCCAGAUGACCUGUAAUGAGGAUGCUAACUGCCAGUUCUACACCUAUGUCAAAGCAAACACAUCUGACAUUGAGUACAGGCGCCGCUGCUAUCUCAAGCGUGCCAUCACCAUGCCUGCUCCUCCUAAAGUGACCAAAGUGACCAAUGCUGUAUCAGGCUUCCAACUGAGGAACUGCAUGCGCAGCGCUCCAGUCACUGUUGCUUAG